CGUCUUCUUCGUUGGCUUUUACCUCUGCAGGGUGGGGUCUGGCCAGGGGGAAGUCCUUGUCCUUCGUUUUCCGUAGUCGGACCAGACAGAAUCGCGCAGACGGUAGGCCAUCGGUGCGACCCCGCUUCGCCAGGCAACCGUUCUUUGUUCCACGCACCAAUCGCCAACUCUGCUUCCUCGCUUUUUGCCUCCCUUGACUGGUUGUUUCACCGACAGUGGCGGCCACUGAUAAGACGUGGUGACCGAUAAGUCUCUCUCUCGCGGGGCCAAGCCAUCUGUGAGUCAACCAUUGCUUCGUGAUUUGGUCGGCCUGCGAAGCGUCGCGAGGGGAAGAGGAGAGAAGUUCGUGAGAAAGGAGCAAAGCAAUGGCGGAGAACACGGAGGCAUUGCUGAACAAGGGCGAGAGGGCUCGGUAUCGGGAGGAUUGUCCUGGGUGCAAGAUUGAUAGGCUCAAGGAGACGAACCGCGGCGUGCCCUACAAGCUUCUCUUCUAUGUCUGGAUCAUCGUCCUCUGCGCAGCUUUGCCUAUAUCGUCUCUUUUCCCUUUCCUGUAUUUCAUGAUAAGGGACUUCAAAAUAGCCAAGAGUGAAGAAGAUAUUGGCUUCUAUGCAGGAUAUGUAGGUUCUGCUUUUAUGUUUGGAAGAGCUUUGACUUCUGUACUCUGGGGUAUGAUAGCAGAUAGAUAUGGCCGAAAGCCCGUGAUACUGUUUGGUACAAUUGCUGUGGUGGUUUUAAACACACUUUUUGGCCUCAGUACAAACUUCUGGAUGGCAGUCUCCACAAGGUUUCUCCUGGGAAGUUUGUGUGGCAUACUUGGCCCAAUGAGGGCAUAUGCUUCAGAAGUUUGUCGUAAAGAGUAUCAAGCUUUGGCGAUGUCAAUUAUUAGCACAUCAUGGGGCAUCGGAUUGGUCAUUGGUCCGGCUAUUGGGGGAUAUCUGGCCCAGCCUGCAGAAAAAUUUCCUAAUGUAUUUCCCGCAAAAUCCGUUUUCAGGAGGUUUCCAUACCUUUUACCAUGUCUCUUGAUAUCAGUUUUUUCUUUGGGGGUGAUGGUUGUUGCUUGUUGGCUUCCGGAAACCCUUCAUAUGCAUGGUGAAAACAGCAAAGAAUAUGAUAUACCAUACGAGGCACUAGAGGCAGAGGAAAAUAAGACUUCGAAGGAAGAACUACAACGAAAUGAGGGAAGUCGUCAUACAUCUUGGAGCCUUCUCAGAAAUUGGCCAUUAAUCUCAUCCAUAAUUGUCUAUUGUGUUUUCCAGCUUCAUGACAUGGCAUAUACAGAGAUUUUUUCACUAUGGGCUAUCAGUCCUUGGAAGUUUGGCGGAUUGAACUAUUCAACAGCAGAUGUCGGUGAAGUUCUUGCUCUUUCGGGUUUUGGGCUCUUAUUAUUCCAGCUAUGUCUGUACCCACAAGUGGAAAGGAUUUGUGGCCCAAUUGUAAUUUCACGAGUUGGAGCAGUGUUGAGCAUAAUUCUGCUGUCAAGUUACCCCUUUCUAGCAAAACUGACUGGCAUUAUUCUCACUAUACUGGUGGAUUCAGCAUCUAUUUUGAAGAAUGUGCUUGCUGUAUCCAUAACUACGGGCUUAUUCCUCCUUCAGAACAGAGCUGUGACCCAGGAGCAGAGAGGAGCUGCAAAUGGUAUCUCUCUGUCUGCAAUGUCUCUUUUCAAAGCAAUGGGUCCAGCAGCAGGAGGUUUGAUCUUCUCUUGGGCACAAAAGCGUCAAAAUGCUUCUUUUUUGCCUGGUACUCACAUGGUUUUCUUCCUCCUGAACGUUGUCGAGGCAUUGGGAUUGCUGAUGACCUUCAAACCUUUUCUGGCUCAGCCAAAUGACUAGCACUCUUUGGCGAUACUGUGUUCCAUUGCAGGCGUCAUGCACUGCAAAAGAGAGAUACUAUACCGUAAUAGAUCAGUAUCCUGCAAAGUCUGACCUUUGCCUCUGUAAUGCAGCGUCACGGUAUGAGCUCUUUUUUGCUCCGUGAUGCAUAAAUACAACCAAGACGUAUAACUGCAGUGUAUUCGCUGUUUGCAACAUUGAUUCAUUCAUGUGAAAGCAAGCAGAAUGGCAGCUCAUGUAUCUGAGUA